AUGGGUAAAGUGAAACAGGAACCUGUGGAACAGGAAGAACAAGGCGAUAUUAGCAUAAAAACGGAACCUCAAACUUAUGAUGACAAAGUUGAGCAUUGCAGUGUUAUUGCUAAGCCUAUGGCACCGAAGAAACUUAGUAAAAAGAUAUACAAACUAAUCAAAAAAUCCAGUGGUCAUAAAAAUUAUAUAAGGAAUGGCCUGAAGAUUGUUCAGAAACAGUUACGUUUAGGAGAAAAAGGGAUUGUUGUAUUUGCUGGUGACAUAUCUCCAAUAGAAAUUAUGUGCCAUUUACCUGCUGUUUGUGAAGAGAAAGAUGUUCCAUACUGUUACACACCUAGUCGUAAAGAUAUUGGUUCAGCUAUGGGCACUAUGAGAGGAUGCAUUAUGGUACUGGUUAAAGAACAUGAAGACUACAAAGACUUGUAUGAUGAAGUUAAAAGUGAAAUCAAACUGCUUGGUCAUCCUUUA